UAUAAAACACGGUUUUGAUGGCGGUAGCUCAGUUUCCUCGAAGGUGGUCAAGCACGAAGGUGCUCUCCUCGCCACGGAGGUUCGAUCGAAAUCUAAGUGAUCCGAAUCCCUGCGAACACUUAUCGAUUUAUUGGCGAUUAGAUAGCGGAGAUAGACAACGAUUGUUUGGCAACUGUGAAUAGAAAAGGAUACGUGUUCUGCGAUUUCAUUUAUCACGAUGGCGCAAGUUGUGCGAACGAUUUACGAUGGCUAUCGGGACCUCAUGGACAACAAGAGCGAUCCUAGGGUCAACGACUGGAUGCUGAUGAGCAGUCCGUUCCCGACCCUAGCUAUCUGUCUUAGUUACGUCUACUUCGUCAAGGUUUUAGGUCCUAAGCUCAUGGAAAAUCGCAAACCUUUCGACCUGAGGAGGGUUAUGAUAUUCUACAAUCUCUUCCAAGUCAUCUUCUCUGCAUGGCUGUUCUACGAGUCUGUGAUGUCUGGAUGGGGAGGUCACUACUCGUUCCGUUGCCAGCCGGUAGACUAUUCCAACAGUCCUUUGGCGCUUCGAAUGGCUCAUGGCUGCUGGUGGUACUACUUCUCCAAAUUCACAGAGUUCAUGGACACGAUAUUCUUUGUCUUGAGGAAGAAGAAUAACCACAUAUCGACCCUUCAUGUGAUACAUCAUGGGUGCAUGCCGAUGUCCGUUUGGUUUGGCGUCAAAUUCACUCCAGGUGGCCACAGCACGUUCUUCGGCCUGCUGAACACCUUCGUGCACAUCGUAAUGUACUCGUACUACCUGCUAGCCGCUCUAGGACCCCGAAUCCAGCCCUACCUCUGGUGGAAGAAGUACCUGACCGCGUUACAGAUGGUACAAUUCGUCCUCGUAAUGAUCCACGCCUUCCAGCUCCUCUUCAUCGACUGCAACUACCCGAAAGCCUUCGUCUGGUGGAUCGGCAUGCACGCCGUCAUGUUCUACUUCCUCUUCCGCGACUUCUACAUCCAGUCGUACAAGAAGAAGCAGUUCUCCGUGGAGAAGAAGAAGAGAGAGGCGGAGGAAAAGUUGCGGCGAGAACAGAACGGCUCGGCGCCGCGCAAAGAUGCCAAAGAGAACGGCGAGAUGUACGCGAACCAGUACAAGAUGGCGACCGGUUACAUCUCGGACAGCGGUCUCAGGAAUCGAGUGUUCAUCGACAACAGGGGGUUCAAGGAAUAAUUAACGCGAUGGUGGUGAACUCGAGCCGAUCGGCACGGACGAUAACUUGAGCCGGUCGUCGAGACAUCACGCGGUUUUUCAUUCGCGAGGACAUUUCGAUGCAACCUUCUUUCGAGAAGGUGGACAAUCACUCGGUUAUAUCUUUUACGCUUUCUGUGCGUGCGUGUCGCGUGUUUUAGUGCAUGCUUACGUGGCCAUGUGUAAGUUCUGACUGAGCAAAUUAUAGGGAAAGUCCGGGACGUAGUCCUCGAAAAUCUUUGGAACGAUUAUGCUACGAUUUUGUAGCAAUCAAAUGUUCUUGUUACUAUUCUAGGUGUUCUUGUAAUUCUAGGGUAGGUAUUUUCUUGCGACAGGUGUUCAGAAGCUAACCUAGCUAAUUAGAUCUGAGGUUGUACAGCAGGAUCCAAAUCGACUAUAUUCGUUUAAGAAAAAUUGAACAUAGAUAUUAUGGAAUGUAAAGACAGUUGAUCGAAGUAGCGUUCCAAGAGUUUCGAGCAAUGGCGGAUUCUGGGACCAUCAAAAAAUAUUUGGGACCAUCUAAAAUCGGUACUUACAAUUUCAGCAAAAUAUUCCUGAAAAUUUGACAUUGACCUAAACACGCAAUCCGCCAUUGAUAUUUAAUACACCUAGCUGAUAUUUAUUCGAGUUAGGAACACGAUUGCCAAAUUCAGUUCCCGUAAACAGAGGAACCUGACGAGUUCGUUGUCGGUCGGCAACGUUGUCAUUGCUCAAAUCGCCGAAUACAACUCGCAUUCGCGAGUUCGCAAUUCCUUUAUGUUCUUCCACGAUUCGACAAGCCUGAUUCGUGGCGGAUUAAUCGUAGGAUAAGUGGUCGCGAGUUACUGAAAGAUCGGGUCGAUUGUUUUCGAAUCUGAGGCACAUUUGACAGACACCCACUUUCAUGUUUCAAUUUGUAAACAGCUGUACAUAUUAUAUAUAGUUCUGCAUUAGAUUCAGAUAGUAAAAAUAUCUUAAAAUUGACGUACCUUCGACGAAAGGGCUAUUCGUAAAUGAGGAGCAAUUAGCUCGUUAAAUGUCAUUAGAGGUACAAGAGACGUAAACUUGAAAUGCAACUCAGGGAAAUCACUUGAUAUUAACGGUCGAUUGCUUGCAGUUUACUGUACUUACAGGGUGUUUCAAAGUUGUAGUUACUUUGUAGGUAGAAAGGAACAAUGUAACAUUUGUUGAUUUUGUUGGGAUUUCUCUGAUCAUUGGCUCACAAUAAUAAUACUAGCAAAAUUGUGUGACCAAGUGAUUAGAUUACAAAGUCAUUGAUUAGUUUAAUUCCCUCGACAUAACACGACAAAAUUUUGCAACGAAUUUCAAUUCUUUCCCUUGUUAUAUCUUUUAUAUAAUCAGAGAAACGUUUGCAGAUUCGUUUAAGAAAAUGUUUAAGUUUGUGUCAUAUAACUUUGGUGAAUUAAUUUUGGAGCGCCCUGUACAACGUAGCCUUAACGACCACGCUAUUUUUAAUUUUUUAUAAUACUAUAGGCUUACUUCUUGGAGAAAUUUAUGAAUGAACCCGUAUAAACGUGCAUGAUAGUCAAAAGUUUUGACUCAAAAGUAAUCGUUCGAAUCUUGAACUUUAAUUACGAUGUUAUAAUUGGUAAUCGUGGUAGUUUCCCGCAAGAUUGCCAUUCUCGUUAGAAUAUUAUAACGAGAGUCUGUUAUAGUUAUAAGUUGACCUACGAUCAAUGUACAGUCCUUUGUAUAAAUUGUUUUUAAUGCCUCAAUUCGAAAAAGUCUCAAUCCAAUGUGAUGCGAAAUGACAUUUUUAACGACGUAGGUGUAAGAAACUUUGUACAAUACGACUCGAUGUAAGUAAGAGAAAUAUUUAUUUUACGACGAUUAAAUUGUACAAUUUUUAAUGAA